AUGUAUUUCAAGUACACAGCAGCAGCCCUAGCUGCGGUGCUCCCUCUUUGCUCUGCACAGACUUGGUCAAAGUGCAAUCCCCUUGAGAAGACCUGCCCGCCCAACAAGGGUCUUGCUGCAUCCACUUACACCGCCGACUUCACCUCAGCUUCAGCUUUGGAUCAAUGGGAAGUCACUGCAGGCAAAGUUCCCGUUGGCCCACAGGGCGCCGAGUUCACUGUCGCUAAGCAAGGCGACGCACCUACCAUUGACACCGACUUCUACUUCUUCUUCGGAAAGGCCGAAGUGGUGAUGAAGGCCGCUCCUGGCACAGGUGUUGUUAGCAGCAUCGUCCUGGAGUCGGAUGAUCUGGAUGAGGUUGACUGGGAAGUAUUGGGCGGUGACACCACUCAGGUUCAGACAAACUACUUUGGCAAAGGAGACACCACCACAUAUGACCGAGGCACUUACGUGCCCGUUGCCACUCCUCAGGAGACUUUCCACACCUACACCAUCGACUGGACCAAGGAUGCCGUUACCUGGUCUAUUGACGGUGCGGUCGUGCGUACGCUCACGUACAACGAUGCCAAGGGUGGCACUCGCUUCCCUCAGACUCCUAUGCGCCUGAGACUUGGCAGCUGGGCCGGCGGCGACCCCAGCAACCCCAAGGGCACCAUCGAGUGGGCCGGUGGCUUGACCGACUACAGCGCGGGACCGUACACCAUGUACGUCAAGUCCGUCCGUAUCGAGAACGCCAACCCCGCCGAGUCCUACACCUACUCGGACAACUCUGGCUCUUGGCAGAGCAUCAAGUUCGACGGCUCCGUCGAUAUCUCCUCCAGCUCUUCCGUGACCUCCUCCACCACCAGCACCGCCAGCUCCGCCAGCUCUACCUCGAGCAAGACCCCUUCCACCUCCACCCUGGCCACUUCCACCAAGGCGACUCCCACCCCGUCUGGAACCAGCUCCGGCUCUAACUCGAGCUCCAGCGCGGAACCUACUACCACCGGCGGCACCGGCAGCAGCAACACCGGCUCUGGCUCCGGCUCCGGCUCUGGCUCUGGCUCUAGCUCUAGCACGGGCUCCUCCACUAGCGCCGGAGCCUCCGCCACCCCCGAGCUCUCCCAGGGCGCCGCCGGCUCCAUCAAGGGCUCGGUCACCGCCUGCGCUCUGGUGUUCGGCGCCGUCGCUGCCGUGUUGGCAUUCUAA